UUUUUCACCUAUAAUUUGGAAGAUAAGUAAAUAACAAAAUGAAGCCAGUAAAGCAUCUGUUGCCCUCUAGUAAUAAAUUGGCAAGUGUUCCAGAAUUAAGUUACAAUAAAGGAUUUCAUAAUUCACUAUUGUCACCUAAACCAAAGGAAAAACAAAGUUCAAAGUUAGUGCGUGAGAAACUUGAACCAAUGGUCUUAAGAUCUCCACCAACAGGAGAAUCCGUUGUGAGGUAUGCUUUGCCCAUUCCAUCAAGUAAGACAAAGGAAUUAAUAGCAGAAGAUGAAUUGCUCAGAAAAAUUACCAAACAUCUAAAGAUGGUUGUUUCUACUUUGGAAGAAACCUACGGAAUGGGCAGUGAAAAUGUAGAAAACCCACUUGUAAAGUCUGAACCUGAAGAAGUAUCUUUAUCUGUUGGGGAUGAUCUAAAUUCAUUCUUGGUAUGUUGUUCACAAUUUGCAGCUCAAUUAGAAGGAGCAGUUAAAGAGGAGAGUCAUAUUUUGGAAUCUCUUUUUAAGUGGUUUCAGCGACAGGUCAAUCAAAUGGAAGAGAUAAGUAAAGAUCAAAGUUUUUCAGAAGUAGAGUUUCCAAUACCUGAUAAAGCAGUCACUAUAAACAUUGCACAAGUAGUAAAGCAGGUGCAAAAACUUGAAGCACUGAAAAAUCGGCUUAAAGGACAAUCUACACAACCUUCGAAAGUCAUGCUAUCUAAGUCCAA